AUGUUCGGGCCACAACUAAGCAGACAUGCCGUGCCCGGCACUCACCCUUACCAUGAUGGGCGAAUCCGGACGCAUCAUUGGGCGGAGACGGUGGCGACGCUCUUGAUGGGGUUCAAGCAAAGAGUGAGCUACUUCAAGCAGAGCAAGACUCGAAAGGAUAGAGCAAUUCGCGUCGUCGCUGCCGAAGAAUCGGAUGUCUAA